AUGCCAUUCGCGCAGAUAGUGCUGGGGCCGCCCGGCUCGGGCAAGACGACGUACUGCAAUGGCAUGCAGCAGUUCCUGCAGGCCAACCGCCGGGACGUGGCCGUGGUCAACAUGGACCCGGCCAACGAGCAGCUGCCGUACGUGGCCGACGUGGACGUGGCCGAGAUGAUCUGCCUCGAGAACGUCAUGGAGGAGCUCGACCUCGGCCCGAAUGGCGGACUCGUGUACUGCAUGGACUACAUCGACGUCAACUUCGACUGGCUGGAGGACAAGCUGGCGGCGCUCAAGGACAAGUACGUGCUGUUCGACUUCCCCGGUCAGGUGGAGCUCUACACGCACGAGAACAGCGUGCACAGCAUCCUGCACAAGCUGCAGAAGCUCGGAUACAAGCUGGCCGUGGUGCACCUCGUGGACGCGCACCACUGCACCGACAGCUCCAAGUUUGUGUCGGUGGUCAUGCUGAGCUUGUCGUCCAUGGUGCGGCUCGAGCUCCCGCACAUCAACGUGCUGUCCAAGAUCGACCUCAUGCAGCAGUACGGCAAGCUCGCGUUCAACUUGGACUUCUACACGGACGUUCUGGACCUGCGCUACCUGCUGGAUCGCUUGGACGAGCCCGAUGACGCAGAAGACGAAGACCAGAUCUCGCUGGAGCCGCGGCAUAUGACGGUCUCCAACUCGCGACUCGCGGAGCGUUUCCGCCGCAUGAACGAGGCGCUGGUCGAUGUCAUCGAAGACUUCAGCCUCGUGAGCUUCCUCCCGCUGCAGAUCCAGGACCCCGCCACUCUGCAGAAGCUCGUCGCCGCUAUCGACAAGGCCAACGGUUUCGUCUUCACAGGCGUGGACUUCCAGACCGCCGUCGUGAAGGACUACGCUUUUGGGGAUCAGAGCGUACCUGACGUUCAAGAGAAAUACCUCGACAAGUAG